AUGAGCGGCAACUCUAAUGUCGGCAACUCCCAAAUUUAUGAGGCAAAUGAACAACGAAAUAUUUCACAAGCCACAGCCAUUCAGAAAAAGAAGGACGCAAGAUAUGACGAAGGAAAACAGAAUAGCCACAAAUUAAAUGAUAGUAAGGAUCAACAAUCUAUAGCUAACAAACUCGCCCAUGAGAUUAAGAAUAAGAAAGUUAGUGACAAAGGGCAGUGUGACGAGACAGAGCUACUAAAAAUAGAUCCCACUCUCCCGGCUACAAUUCACAACAACAAACCUAGCAAGGGCGCUAGAAUAGAUGCAGAAAUUCAGGCCGAGGAACACGAAGAGUUAAGAAGAAAGGGAAAAGCUUGA